AUGAAAAUUGCUAUUAUCGGCCAAUCGGCCUUCGGAGUCGAUGUGUACAAAGAGCUCCGUAAAAAUGGUCAUGAAAUCGUGGUAGUCUUCACUAUCCCAGAUAAAAAUGGAAGAGAGGAUCUUUUAGGUAUUGAGCUGAUACUUCUUUUGGGGUUACUAUGGGUUUUUUCAGCUGUUGAAGCUGCAAAGGAUGGAGUUCCAGUCCAAAAGCCAGCUCGUUGGCGCAAGAAGAACCCUGAAACUGGAAAGUUUGAAACACUUCCCGAGAUGCUUGAACUCUACAAAUCAUUCGGUGCCGAGCUCAAUGUACUUCCAUUCUGUACUCAAUUCAUUCCACUGGAAAUCACCGAGGCACCACCAAAAAAGAGUAUCAUUUAUCAUCCGAGUAUCUUGCCAAAGCACAGAGGAGCUUCUGCUAUCAAUUGGACUCUGAUUGAAGGAGAUGAAGAAGCUGGUCUUUCGAUCUUCUGGGCUGAUGAUGGACUUGAUACUGGACCAAUUUUGUUGCAGAAGAAAUGCAAAGUUGAGGAAAAUGAUACUCUGAACACGCUGUAUAAGAGAUUCUUGUAUCCUGCAGGAGUCGCAGCUGUGGCCGAGUCUGUCGAGCUGAUUGCCUCUGGAAAUGCCCCACGUAUUGUUCAACCAGAAGAAGGAGCUUCUUAUGAACCAUACAUUACCACGAAACCAGAACUUGCUCAAAUCGAUUGGUCCAAAACCCAACGACAACUGCAUAACUUCAUUCGCGGAAAUGACAAAGUUCCUGGAGCAUGGUCCAUUUUUAAUGGAGAAAGAGUUUCAUUCUUCGGAUCGAAGUUGUGGAAGCCAAAGAAGCUCCCAGAGGACGCUGUUGAAGUUGCGGUGGCUGAAGUUCCAGGAGGAAAAGUUCUUGUUGAAGAUCGUGGGCUUUUGCUUCCAGGCUCAGAUGGAAAGUGGGUUAUCGUGGACACUGUGAAGAUUGGAACAAAGACUAUUCCUGCUUCAAAGUAUGGUCAAGGUGCCGAUCAAGUGGAAGAAUUGGUUCUGACUGACGAUGAGAAGAACGUUGUUACUAAACUCAAGAAAAUCUGGGCUGGAAUUCUGAAAACACAAGUUUCUAGUGAUACUGAUUUCUUUGAAAGUGGAGCCAGCUCUGCUGAUGUUACUCGUCUUGUUGAGGAGAUAAAAUUCAACACGGGAGCUGAACUUGAAUCAGGACAUAUCUAUUCUGGACCAACUCUUGGGGAGAACAUUGACAUCGUGGUCCGUAAUCUCCGAGGAGAAGGUGGACUCAGCGUUACCUAUGAUCCAAUUGUUUUAAAUGUCAAUAACAUGGAAUUGAAGUUUCCACAUGAGCAAUUUAUCGAUGGAAAAUUCGUUGGAUCUUCUGAUGGACGCACAUUCCAAACCAUCAAUCCAGCAACCGAGAAGCCGAUUUGCUCCCUUCCUCUAGCUACUGUAGCUGACGUCGAUCGAGCUGUUCGUGCUGCCAAGAAAGCUUUUGAACGUGGAGAAUGGCGUCAGAUGUCCGCUCGUGAACGAGGAAAGCGUCUGUACCGUCUUGCGGAGCUUAUGGAAGAGCAUAAAGAAGAGCUGGCUACGCUGGAAUCUUUGGAUGCUGGAGCAGUUUAUACCCUGGCUCUCAAAACUCAUGUUGGAAUGUCCAUUGAUGUAUGGAGGUAUUUUGCCGGAUGGUGUGACAAGAUUCAAGGAAAAACCAUCCCAAUCUCAAAUGCUCGUCCUAACAAAAAUCUCUGUCUGACUGUCCGUGAACCAAUUGGAGUCGUCGGACUUAUCACUCCAUGGAACUAUCCAUUGAUGAUGUUGUCCUGGAAAAUGGCUGCUUGUCUAGCUGCUGGAAACACUGUCGUUCACAAGCCAGCUCAAGUUACUCCACUGACUGCUUUGAAGUUUGCUGAGCUUUCUGUUCUUGCUGGAAUUCCACCAGGUGUAAUCAACAUUGUUACUGGUUCCGGCUCUCUUGUUGGUAACCGUCUUACUGCUCACCCAGAUGUACGUAAGAUUGGAUUCACUGGAUCUACGGAAAUCGGAGCAACUGUGAUGGAAUCUUGUGCCAAGUCGAACAUCAAGAAAGUCUCUUUGGAACUUGGAGGAAAGUCGCCUCUCAUCAUUUUCGCAGAUGCUGAUCUUGAAAAAGCUGUGAAACAAGCCUGUGGAGCAGUUUUCUUUAACAAGGGAGAGAAUUGCAUUGCUGCUGGCCGUGUGUUUAUUGCUAAAUCGAUCCACGAUAGUUUUGUGAAAAAGCUUGUCGAGGAAGCCAAGCAGUAUAAAAUUGGAGAUCCUCUCGAUAGAUCCACUGCUCAUGGACCACAAAACCAUUUGGCUCAUCUGAACAAGCUUGUUGAAUAUGUUGAGAAUGCUGUUCGCGACGGAGCCAAGGUUGAAGUCGGAGGAAAACGAUUAGAAAGAGAGGGAUUGUUCUUCCCACCAACUAUUCUUUCCAAUAUUGAUGACGAAAACUUUGCUGCAAGUGAGGAAUCCUUUGGACCUAUCAUGUGCAUUUCUAGCUUCGAUGAUGAUGAUGUUGAAGACGUUCUCCGUCGCGCCAACGACACUGAAUUCGGUCUUGCCGCUGGAGUCUUUACUCGUGAUGCAUCCAAAUCUCUUCGUGUCGCUGAAGCUCUUCAUGCUGGUACUGUAUUCGUGAAUACCUACCAGAAGACCGACGUUGCUGCUCCUUUCGGUGGAUUCAAACAAUCUGGAUUCGGAAAAGACAUGGGAGAAGAGGCUUUGAAUGAGUAUUUGGUCACCAAGACCAUUACCAUUGAGUACUAA